GUAGCAAGAAAACAAAGAUCCACCUCGAACACCCCUCCCAACUCAAAUAUAUCCAUCCCUUCAUCAUCCAUCUCUACACUCACCCUCACCCUCCUCCUUCUUCUCUCUCUAAAACUCUCUCUCUCUCUCUCCCUCUCCCUCUCCCUCUCCCUCUUCUUCUACACUGAGAACAACUGUAUUAACAGAUAGAAAGAAAAAUAAUCAUACCCAGAAUCUCAAACUUUGUUGAUCAGGUCAAUCUCCAAGUCCUUUUGAUUCUUUCCCUUCUUUUUUCUUGUUUAUUUAUAUGAAUUUGUUAUACAAAUCUUGAUUCUUGUUCCAGGGAACAUAAAGUUUCAAUCUUUACACUAAUUUCAUACAUAAAAGUCUUGUGAAAUUGGGAUAGUGUUUGGUAUUGUAAAUGAGAGAAGAUGAAUCAAAUUGGUUUAGAAAAUGGGAAGAGCAGCUCCCAUCACCUGAUGAACUCAUGCCCUUAUCUCAAACCCUGAUUACACCUCAUCUUGCAAUUGCCUUUCAUAUAAAUUCCACUACUGGUACUAGUACUAUUCCUCCACCACAAGUCCACAAUUCAGCACCACAGCCACCACCAUUGCCUCCCUUUCAAUCCCCUAAUUCCGGGGAAUUCGAGUCCUCGGGUGGCGAUGAGCCAGCCCGGACACUGAAAAGGCCUAGGCUUGUGUGGACACCGCAGCUCCACAAAAGAUUUGUGGAUGCAGUGGCCCAUUUAGGAAUCAAGAAUGCGGUGCCUAAGACUAUAAUGCAUCUUAUGAGUGUGGAUGGAUUGACACGGGAGAAUGUGGCUAGUCAUUUGCAGAAGUAUAGGCUUUAUUUGAAGAGGAUGCAGCAGGGGAAUCUUUCUGGCCAUGCUUCUAGUGGCGAUACUGCUACUGAUCAUUUGUUUGCGAGUUCUCCAGUGCCUGCUCAUUUUCUGCAUCAGGGGCGUCAGAAUUCGGAGCAUUUUGUGCCGUUUGUGGCUGUGCCUGUAAUGCAACAGCAGCAGUAUCACCAGCAGAUGGCGGCGCAGUAUAGGCACGUGAGUCCUCAUUUUGGGUCUCCCCCAAAUGAGCAUUCUUUCGUGGCGAGACAGGCACCUCAGCAGGUUCAGAGAAUGGUGAUGCCUGUCCAUAAUUCAGUGGCUUCUUCGUAUAUUGAUGAUUUGGAAUCUGCCAAUGCGAGGAAAGUGCUCACUCUGUUUCCGACAGGGAAUGAUUGAGUUUAAUGUGGUAAAUUGUUGUUUAAGGCCUUAUGAAACGUGUCUGCAACUUGUUAGAAUUGGAACUUGCAGUUGUUCUUGUUACCUGGGUUGUUAAUAUAAUUGAUUAACAAUAAUGUUGUGGUCUCGUUAAAUCAAUCAGUUAUAUGAAUUUCUCCAA